ACACUCCGCCUCGCCAGGUGCGCCCCGCCCCCCGCCUGGCCGGCCACCUUCUCGCGUCUUCCAGCCGUCCGCCAUUGGCUUUGGUGACUCCCCCGAGUGUUUAAGGGUGCGGCACGGCUCGGGCCCGGGAACGAGUCUUCGAGAGUCGCUAGGGGGUUGGGGGGCGCCAGCGGGCGAGCGAGGAGCGGGCCUGAAGCGCCUCGCGGCAUUUUCGGGACCGAAACUUCGAGAAAGGGCCUUCCCCGAGGCCCGGUGACACCCCGCGGACCCUCGGCUGAGGGGCGGGCGUACCUGAACGCGCGGCCCUCCCAGUGCGCGUGCGCGGGCAGGGUCUUCCCGCACCUGAUCGCGAGACCCCAACGGUCGGCGGCUCGAGGCGGCCCCGGCGUCCCUGCGCAGCCGGCCAUGGCGCAGCCGUGCGGGCCGAGGCGCUGGCGGGCGCUGCUGGCCCUGCUGGCAUCGCUGCUGCUCUGCCGGGCCGAGGCGGCCGGCGGAGGCCGGACCAUCCACGACUUCUGCCGUGUCUCGCUGGUGGUGGGGCGGUGCCGGGCCUCCAUCCCCCGGUGGUGGUACAACGCCACGGACGGCACCUGCCAGCAGUUUGUGUAUGGAGGCUGCGAAGGAAAUGACAACAACUACCUGAGCAAGGAGCAGUGCCUGGAGAAGUGUGCCGGGGUCACAGAAAUCCCCAGUGAUGAGCAAACCACCAAGAGGAAUGGCGCCGAGUCUUCUGCCCCAAGUGUGCCCAAAAAGGAUUCGGACGAGCCUUCUGGGGAUGGUUUCAACUUUGAAGAAUACUGCAAUGCCAAAGCCGUUACUGGGCCCUGCCGCGCGGCCUUCCCACGCUGGUACUUCGACGCCGAGAAGAACUCCUGCGAUCAAUUCAUCUAUGGAGGCUGCCGUGGCAACAAGAACAGCUACCCCUCCAGGGAGGCGUGCAUGGGGCGCUGCUUUGGCAAGCAGGUUUACCCUGCCCUGCCCACUGGCAGUAAAGUGGUGGUCCUGGUGGGCCAGCUCGUGAUGGUCCUGAUCCUGCUGCUGGGCGCCUCAGUGGUCUGCCUGAUCCGCGUGGCGCGCAAGAGGCAGGAGCGCGCCCUCCGCACCGUGUGGAGCUCUGCGGACGACAAGGAGCAGCUGGUGAAGAGCGCGGGGGUCCUGUGAGGCUGCCGGGCAGACUGUGACAGAGC